CGCCAAUUUGCAAGAAAACUAAGUUGGUUUGCUGUGCAGUUGUGACAAUCGUCGAGGAGAGCAGCGGCGCACUCUCCACAAGGAAGCUGCCAAGCCAGCGAGAGGUGACAAGUGAAAAGUGGCAAGUGGAAGUACCAAAUGGUGACAGGUUCACUGGUAGUAAUCGCAAGUUAGCUGCCCGUUUGGCUGCGGAUUUUCGUCCAAGUUCGCUAUUCGUGUUGGUUUUUGAUGGUUUCGUCUCUCUCGGGAGUCCGCAUAGGCGGCAGUGUGUGUAUACAUAUACGUGCUUUCACACUGACAACAGGGCCGGGCGCGUGUAUGAGUGUGGUUAAUUUUGCCGUGUUGCCGAACAUCUGUAUCUGUAUCUGUGGCAGCCAAUAGUUGUGGCAAGGCCCUCGAGCCACUCGCAACACAACACAUAACAACAGCAUCCCCAAUAAGUGGCAGCAACUACGCCGCAUGGCAAAGCACCAACGGCCGCAUUUGUUGUUAAUUGAAAUAAAUUGAAAUAAAUUCCCCGACUUUGCUGCUCAUAUUGUUAAUAAAGAGUAGCCGGAGCGACGCAACGGCGAAUCAGCAGCAGCAGUAAACAAAACUCCCAGCAUCCGGCGACACAGGACAUGCGCAGUGGCCUUUUUGGUAGUUGCAUUUCGGCCAACAGCGACUGAAAGAGCAGAGAGCGGAGGAGCAUGGCCUUUUCCCGCCACAACAUCGAGAAGCGCCGACUCAUCGAGCUCGUGCGACUCAACCCAAUCCUCUGGGACUGCCGCCUGCCACACUACAAGCGCUCGGACAAGCGCAAGGCCAUCAAAUGGAACGAGUUGGGGCGGCUCUUCAACGUUAAUGGCGAGCGGGUGCAGCGCACGUUCACUUCGCUCCGCGAGAUCUUCCGCCGCGAGCUGAACCACGAAAAGAUGCUGGGCACCACGCGCUUCAAGUCCAAGUGGGAGUACUACGAUGCCAUGGCCUUCCUCAAGGAGGUCAUUCGAGAACGCAAAUCUCGCGAGCGCAUCAAGCACGGCUCUUUGGAUCCCGCACCAGUAGCCACAGGCAGCAGCAACAAUAACAACAACUGCGUAAGCCGCAAUAGCAGCAACAACAACAGCAGCAGUGCGGCACUAGACGAAUACCAGUACUUUGCUCCUAGCGACCCCAACAACCCGAACAAUCAGCCCCAGCCGCAGCCCGAACCAAAGAGUAGUCUGCCAGUGACUAUUCCCAGUCUAAGUCUCAGCCUCAGCCAGUUGCCGGUGGCUCUGCAGCAGCAGGCCCAGCAUCUCCAAGCCUUACAGCUGCAACCGGACGUGACGCUGACUUCCCUGCAGAAGCAACCUUUGCCCACUUCCCUUUCCAUUGCCACAUCCGCGCCCUUAGCACAAACCUCGCCCGCCCAGGUGCUGUCCAGCUCGCGCUCCUGCAGCUCUUCGCCCUCCAUCUAUAUAAAGGACGAGCCGUGUUCUCCGGCAGGCGGUUGCCCGGAAGAAAUGAUGACCGGAAAUGGACCAGAGGCGACAAGGAAGAAGCUGGCCACAAUUCGUCCGCAGACCAAACAGCAACUUAAAGCGCGUCUGCAGCUGCCCACGCCCAAAAACUCAUCAUCGUACGCUACGUCGCCGCCCCAUUUGAUCAUCAAUGCCAACAACGAGCUUAUUGACACCGACGCCGGGGACCUGGAGGAGGAUCUGGACGACUUCGACGAGGACGACGACGUGACCGGACGCUGCUCACCCAUCGUCGGCCAGUCGGAGAUGAUGGGUGCCGACGGCAGACUCUCGGUCGGAAGCAUUUAUAUCGGUGAGGGUGGCGACUGCGGAAGGGGUCUGGGUAGAGCCCACACUCAGGCGCGCCACGUGCCUACCUCCAGGGAACUGCUCUACAUGAAAUUCGGUGACUUUCUGGCCGCCAGAUUGAACACUUUGCAUGAGACUGUAGCUAAUGAGCUGAUGAACAAGAUGCUGCUGCUAAUUGCAGAGAAGUGAGGAAAGCGGGGACCGAUGUCGCCUCUAAAAUUAUUGCAUUUGGAGUGGCGUAGCUCCCAUCACCAAGGCGACAUAGUGUUGGAUAGUGUAUUAAGGUGCACAAAUCAAGUGUGUACCAUGUGCCAUUUAAGCAUCUCUCCAAGGCGUAUGAUAGUCUAUGGUUAAAAUCAAUGGAUAAGUCUUUAAAUCAAACAAGUUCAAAAAAUGCGACCAAUAAAAUUGUAUCAUUCCGAACUCAA